AUGGUAAGUUUUGAUCUCUACACUUUGGUCGGACCUUCUGCUAACGUCUACAGUUCCAACUUGCUCUACCCGAAGGAAGACCGCAUCAACAACCGGUUGAUGUUCACCUGCCGAACCUGCCAUGUCGGCGAGCCCGCCACCUCCUACUGCGUCUAUCAAAACAAACUCAACACUCAAGUCGGAGAUACCGCCGGUGUGACCCAGGAUGUGGGAUCUGAUCCUACGCUUCCUCGUUCCAACAAGCUCUGCCCGAGCUGCGGCGAAGCCGAAGCAGUCUUCUUCCAGUCGCAACAGCGUUCCGCUGAAACGGGAAUGAAACUUUACUACGUCUGUUGCGCGUGCGGCAAUGUUUUCGUCUAA